AUGUUAAAUGACUUCGAUGAUUAUUUUAAUAUUAAUGUAAAUAUAAUUGAUAAAUAUGGACAUAUACCAUUACAUUGGGCAUGUAUGGAAAAUAAUGUUGAAUGUUCGAAUAUAUUAAUUAAACAUAAUAAUAUUAAUUUAAACAUGAGAAAUUUUGAUGCUUCAUUUAUAGUUGAUCAUCAAACAUCCAUAUAUUUAAUUGGUGGUCAAACAUGUUUACAUUUUGCUUGUGAAUAUGGUCAUAUUGAAUGUAUUUCAUUAUUAUUACAAAAUAUGGAAACGGAAUCCAUAAUGAUUGAAGAUUUCAAUGGUUAUACACCUUUAGAUUUAGCAAUUAUGAAUUCAACACGUAAUACUAAAUGCUAUGAAAUUGUUAAAUUAUUAAAUGAAUUUAAUAUGAAUGAAAAUAUUGACGAUAAAAAUACACAAAUAUUGGAUCAAAAUGAUUACUUUAUUCAAUUUUCUAAAGAUAAAUUAAAAGUUCAAAAGCGUAUUGCAAACAAAAUGAAAGAUACUUUACUAAACAUGCAUGAAAAUUGUUGUCAUACAUGUCGAAAAUUUUAUCAAAUAUCCGUUGAUGUUACGAACGAAAAAUAA